AUGAAUAUGGCGCAAACCCCUCCGCGAGAUCAGACAAUUGGAGUCCAAGGAAGAAGAGCUGAUGCUGCUGCUUACCCAAAGUUGACAACCGAGGAUGCCCUACGCUAUCUCAACGAAGUGAAGAGAGCGUUUGCAAACAAAGAAGGAAAGUAUGCCACUUUCGGACAGCUGCUGAUAGAUGCCAAGAAUAAAAAGUUGGGAACGAUCGACAUAGAUUUUUUGAUGCUGAGGGUCAAAGAGUUGCUUCAAGGACAUAAGAAGCUGAAAAUUGGUUUCAACACUUUCUUACCAGAAGAAUAUAGAAUGAAACUCGAUGAGGAGGAUGACAAUGUACAUAAUCAAAAGAUAAGCAAGAUUCUGGGGAUAGGCUUCACAAAACCUCAAGAGGCAUGCAUUAGCAUGGCGACAGUUGGAGAUGUAGAGCUUAGCUAUCUGAAAGAAGUCAAGAGAGAAUUUGCAAACAACGAAGGAAAGUAUACCAGUUUACUCCAGCUGUUAAUAGAUGCCAAGAAUAAAAGGAUCGACAUAGAUACUCUGAUGCUGAGGAUUAAAGAGUUGCUUCGAGGACAUAAGAAGCUGAUACUUGGUUUCAACACUUUCUUGCCAGAGAAAUAUAGAAUGCAAGUCGAUGAGGUUGUGGCUGAUUCUCAGGAAAACUACUAUUAUGAAGAAGUUUCUGAGGAUAACACUUAA